AUGACGUCGCCUGCGAACCGGCAGCACCCCAUCCCGGCGACCACCACCUCCGCGACCACGGCUGCUUCUUAUGCCUCCGCUGCAGGUGCGCCAAAGAAGCCCGCCCAGGCGCCCCUAGUCGCAAUCAACUCCCAGCCCCCCGUCGUGGCUGGCGUCCCUGCCGUCGCCCGCGGCAGCAACGGGUCCGCCUCGGACCACACCAGAAAGAGCUCCGUCACCAUGGUCGCCAGCGGCCCCAACAGCUUUGCUGCCAAUGGCGGUCCCGUCGGCGGCUCCAAGGCUGGCAUCCAGUUCGGCUUUGACUCGCCCGCCAUGGCCCACAGCUCGCCCCACGUCGCCGGCUCUGUCCCCAUUCCCAUCCCGGGCGGUAACCCGCGCGUCACCUCUCCCGCGCAUUCCCCCUCUCCCAUCCCGCAGCCCUCGGCCAGUGGUGGCCGCCCUCCAUCAGGCCUCCAGCAGCCCACGGGCCAGAUGACCUUCGGAAGCUUGAGUAGCGAUGGCGAGCGCCACAUGAGGCAGGGCUCGAUUCCUUCGAAUCCCAAUGUCGCGGCGUCACAGCCCGGCGCCCACUUUCGACGCGAAUCCGGCCACUCGGUCCAGAGCGACAACCCUGGUGCCCCCAACAGAGGCAACUAUCCUCCCCAGGGCGGCCGUGGUCGUGGCGGCUUCAACCCGCACGGAAAUUCGUACAGCAACCAGAUGGGAUACCCCCCGAACAACCAGUUUCGAAACGGCCCUGGCCAGGGACGCGGCAUGCCCCCGUCGUUCCAGCCUCAGCCUCGAAGCAUGCCCUACCCCAACUCUCCGCAGCCGAGCCGAAGCCCCGCCCUCGUCCCGUCGAUGCCAAACACACCCAACAUGGCUCAGGCAAACAUGCAGCCCAACAUGGCCAUGCAGACGCCGCCGCAAUACCACUACCCGCCGCCCAUGGCUCCUCAACAUCAAGUACAUCCCCCCUUCCCCGUCGCCUCCUUCAGCAAAAUGCCCGUUAGACCCCAUAAGAAGAGCAAGGGACGUCGCGAGCACGACAGGCCUGUCCAGUCGAGACGCCCGUCGGAAUCUGCGCGCGAGCUACAUGGCAGCGACUUCCGCCACCUCUCACGCCGUUGCUUAGAACGUGCGGAUCAGACGUGGCGUGAGCAUGACAUGGACAGCAGGCGUGCCGGUUCUAACGGCUCCUCGAGGCCCUUGUUGCCGCAGGAUCCUUACCCCGUCCUCGCUCCACCCAGACAGACCCCUACUUCUCUUGACCUGUCUCCGGAAAACGGAGGGUUCGAACUAUGGCUGACUAUGAGAAAUCAGAACUUUGGGUAUCCCCCGCAGCAGAUGGACCAAUUCGGCCGCCCCAUGCCCAUGCCCUAUGGCUACAACAACAUGCCCUACAUGGGCCCCUCGCAGCAAGGUCACAGCAUGUCCCGGAGCCCUUCCCAGCCGGAGCGGCCUUCGAGCGCCAACCAUCAGAGCCAGCCUGUCAUCGUCUCCUCCACCCCCCAGCCUCAGAGUGCGCAGCCCAACCCGGCAGCCAAGAACUUCAUCAAGCCUGGCAGGAAAAGUGCCGCGAUUCAAAUCAAGAACGCGGCCGGCGAGGUUGUCGACACCUCGUCGUUCAAGCAGCCCGCUUCCCCCGCGCCUAGCGUCCAGCAGUCCAAGACGCCUCCCGUCGUGUCUUCUACUCCCACGCCCCCCCCCAAGCCUUCGACUCCGGCCCAUGUGCGAACGGAAAGCCAGGCGACGCCAAAGACUGCCAAGGAGAUCCAGGACGAGCUCAAGGAGAAGAUCAAGCAGGCAACUCAGGCAAACCAGGCCUCUGCCGAAGACAAACCGAAGGAGGAAAAGCCCGCGCCUUCCAAGGAGCAACUGUCGACUGGUGACGCGGCAGCAUCCGGCGCCAAGCCCAACUCUGAUGGGGACGAACCCGCUGCCGCACCCGAGCCUACGGUAGACAGUGCUGCGGCUAGCGUCAAACCCGAUGAGACCAAGACGGAGAAGGAAGUCGAGUCUGCCGAGGCCUCCAAGAGUGAUGAGCCUGAAGAGGACGAGAUGGAGCGAGCCAUCCGCGAAAUGGAAGAGGCUGAUGCCAGGCGUGAAAAGCAAGAAGAGGAGCAUCGCCAGCGACGAGAGCUCGAGAAGGCUGCCGCCAAGAAGAAGGAAGAGGAAGACCGCAAGACCAAGGCCGCAGAUGAUGACCGCAAGCUUCGAGAGCAGGAGCGUGAAAUGGAGCGCCUGGAAGAGGAAAAGGAGAAGAGGCAGAAGGACGCCGAGGCGUCCGGGAAGGUUCUGUCUGUCGCCGACGCUCUCGCUCAACUGCGAUCCAACAAGGCGCCUGAGCCGGGCUUGGAAGCUGUCGCGGACAAGCUGGCCGACCUGAAGAUUGAGGGCGGCGAGAAGCAGCCGUCGCCCGCGGAUGUUGGCGGUCAAAAACCCACCACGGCGGAGAAGCGCGGUUCGAAGCCAGCUGCUCUGAACCUCGCGCCGCUCAUCACGAAGCCUGUUGAGCCCGCACAGCCAAGCGCGGCACUUCAGUCACUCAAGUCGGCGCGUUUCCUUCAGGUCAUGGACCAGGACAUCUAUCCCGCGGGCAUUCACUCUCCCAACCCGGCCCUGAACGCCGCCGUCACCAAGAAGGGCAAGACCUUCAAGUACGACGCCAACUUCCUGCUCCAGUUCCAGAAGCUUUUCACCGAACAGCCAUCGCUCGAGUUCCACCAGCAGGUCAAGUCUCUGAUCGGCGACGGGGAUGGCAGCCGCUCCGCCCGUGCCCAGACCCCAGGCUCGGCCAGGCAGGGCUCUCGCGGUGGUAGCUCCGGCUUUGCCAUGGGCGCUUUCAACGCGCCACCUGGACGAACUCUUCCGCCUGGGACGACGUCGAUGGAGCGCAUGGCAAUGGCUAGCGGCACCAUGCCGCGACCUUCGGUUAACUCAAUUGGCUCCUUUCAGCGCCCGGGUGCCCCCUUCCCUUCAUCAACGCCCAUGUCGCGUACUUCGUCGCAGUCCAACAUGCGCAACAUGCCCAACUCUCCUCGCCAGUCUAAUCGCUCUACUCGGGGAAGUCGACGCAACGACUUCGGCGGCGGCCCCAAAGAAGCGCAGGCUGCUAAAACCAUGCCUCUGACCGCUGGCCAAGAAAUCAAGCCCAUCGCGGUAUCUUCUGGUGGCUGGAAGCCAAUCAGUGUCGGCAGAGGCGCGCAGCCCGGCGCUACUGCCACUGGCUACCUUGAUCCUGAAAUGGUUCAGAGAAAGGUCAAGGCCGCACUGAACAAGAUGACACCCGAGAAGUUUGACCGGAUUGCGGACCAGAUCCUCGAGAUUGCAUCGCAGUCCAAGGACGAAUCCGACGGCCGGACACUGCGCCAGGUUAUUCAGCUCACCUUUGAGAAGGCAACUGACGAGGCCCACUGGGCUUCCAUGUAUGCCAAGUUCUGCAAGCGCAUGCUGGAGACGAUGAGUCCCGAUGUCCGCGACGAGCGCAUCAAGGACAAGACCGGAAACGUCGUCAGCGGUGGCAAUCUGUUCCGCAAGUAUCUCCUCAACAGAUGUCAGGAGGAGUUUGAGCGUGGUUGGACCACCAAUCUACCCGAUCCCAAGGAGGCCGAGGAGAGUGCCGACAAGAAGCCCGGCGAGGCGGUCAUGCUGUCCGACGAGUACUACGCGGCUGCGGCUGCGAAGCGGCGAGGACUCGGUCUUGUCCAAUUCAUUGGUGAGCUGUACAAGCUCGGCAUGCUCACGGAGCGCAUCAUGCACGAGUGUGUGCACAAGCUCGUCGACUACAAGGGUAUUCCCGACGAGGCCGAGAUUGAGUCGCUCUGCAAGCUUCUCAGGACGAUCGGGGCCAAUCUUGACCAAACCGAGAAGGGUCGCCCGAUGAUGGACGCCUACUUCCAGCGGAUCCAAAACAUGGCUGACCUCCCCGAACUGCAAAGCCGAAUGCAGUUUAUGCUCAUGGAUGUAUUGGAUCUGCGGAGAGGAAACUGGGUCUCCAAGGAGGCGAACAAGGGGCCCAAGACUUUGGACGAAGUCCGCGCAGAGGCCGAAGCGGCUCAGGCAGCCAAGGCUCAAGAGGCCGCGAGGAACAGCCAGAGAGGCGGCGGCGGUCGACCGCAGGUCGGACGAGGAGACGCUCGCAACUUCUCGGCCGGCUACGCCCAGCAGACGAGUAACCACGUUGGCGCAGACGAUCUGAGGCGCCUGAAGGGCUCUGCGAGCAGGACGUCGAGCCAGAAUGUCACCCUCGGCCCCACGUCGAUGUUCUCGUCUCGCAGCAAUAGCGGACGGCGUCUUGGGCCUGGAGGAUCCCUGGGGCGCCCCGGCGAAGACUCUGGCCUCUCUUCUCGCACUGGCACGCCGCCGACUCGAGAUAGCAACACAAACUCGAACGCAUUUAGUUUGCUGGCGAACAUGGAAACGGAGCAUCCAGCCUCCCCCCCGUCUGCCGGACCCUCUCCCUCUAUGUCCAAGGUUGUGCCCGAUGGCGACAAGAAGGGAGGCGAGUGA